AUGGCUCUCUCGGAACACCUCCCGGCUCCUGCCAACUGGUCUCGGUGGCCUCAGCAUCAUCCCACAAGCGGAGACUACGCCAUGAUGGAGCACAACGUGAUGCCGUACGAGUCUCGUCAGGCAACGGCCGCUCCCCCUCAACGACCCCCUUUGGCCUCCCAGUACUUUAGCAGCACCCCCUUCAGUCUCGCCCCCAUCACUAACGGCGUGCCAGCGCCUCAAUACCAACCACCCGUCACCUACAGCGGAUAUCACUCAUACACACCAUCUCCAGUCCUGGGUUCACCUUUCAGAGCCAACACUUACCCGGAACAGCAGACGAGGGUCAUGCCAGUCGAGUCCGGUCUUGCCCGAGGGUCAGUGACGCCCCAUGCCGGCCAUUCACCAGUGCAGGAAAACCAGAGUCCAUCAGUCAAAGCCGAACGUCAACUCUCCAUCACUGCCGAGGUCACGAUGCCCUGCAAGACGAUCGAGGCGAACUUGACCGUGGCUGGCCAGCAACCCCACGAGUUCCAUACCCCAUUGGAUACUCUGAUGAAGGCGGUCCAGGCCAAGGCCGAGAAGCCAGCUGAGUGCAAGACCGAAACCUCAGGGACAGAGGCUCAAGGCAGAGGGCUACCAUCCUCUUCGCAAAGCCAGGCGUCCACACGAACGAGAAGAAGCGUUGCUGGGAGCGGUGGUCCACUCAAGCGUUACGCCUGCGGUAUCGCUGGGUGCUCCAAGAUGUUUAGCCAGAAAACACACCUCGACACUCAUCGGCGAGCCCAUACGGGAGAGUCACCUUAUCAAUGCACCCUGUGUGGCAAAGACUUCACUCAGCCAGGAAACCUCAAGGCCCACUGGCGCCGGCACAUGGGAGAGAAGCCUUUCUCUUGCACUCUGUGUGAUAAGCGCUUCCCCCAGCGCGGAAACCUCCAGGCUCAUAUGAAGAGCCACGACAAGACGAGGCCCUUCAUCUGCCUGCUCGAUAACUGCAACAAAGCCUUCUCUGUUCGGGGAAAUCUCAAGUCUCACCAAAACAAGUUCCACGAGGACACCAUCAAAAGACUAACAACCCGUUUCGCUACCAUCACCGACUGGAGCACCGCCUCCUACGAGGACAAGGAGCUGUUCGAGUACCUAUCCAACCUCUACAAGAACAGCAACAAGGGAAUCAAGGGCCGAGGAAAAAGGCGGAAUGUUGCCGUCGUCGUUCCCCAGCAUCACCAAGGCCACCUCAGCACACCCGUCAGCCCGACGAACUCGACCCAUCAUCACCACCCCCAUCAGUCACCGAUGCAUCUCCACCACACUGGUCUCCCGCAACUCCAGCUCUGCAUGCCCCAGCCAAGACACGACGGCCUCCCGUACCACGGCGUCAGCAGCCCCGCGGCAUACAACAUGAGCAGCCGACCGGCAAGCCUGAUGGUCAACACGGGCGGGCGAAGACCACACAGCGGAUACGGCAUGUACGACACCGACGAGAGCAGCGUUUCCAGUAGCGGACCUGUUACGCCAAACCCGCACAUGUAUGGGGAUGACCACGGGAGGGAUCUUGCUUUUAAUGACAGGAUGCCAUACUAA